GACAUAACCCAAGCUGUCCGUUUAACACAGAAGAAGAUAGAACCUGUGUAACACUCAUCCCAUUGGUGUUACCUGACAGCUAUGAAAGUAACAUUUUAACACUAUCAAAUUUAUAUUUAAUCGACCUACAGACAGCGUACGAUGUCUACCCGGGCCUUGAGAAGGCUCAAAGGGAAACAGCGGGGUCAGGAGGCCUUGGACCUCGGGGAUCUAAGUUUGGAAGACAGCCCGGAGGAGCAGGCUGAAGCUGAGGUUGUGGAGGAGCAGCUGGACACGGCCACCGCUGCUAAUGUUUCUUCCCCUUCCAGCAGCAAAGGCAGCAGCCGAAAGGCGAAGAAAAACAAGGCUCAGAAAAACUUCAGCAACAUUUAUGAGCUGAUAUGUGAUGCUGAAAACGAAGCAGAGAGAGUUUCACCAGAAGAAGAUCCAGAGAGAAAUAAAGCGAGAAAUAAAGCAAACGGUAACAAAGAUGUUGAGAACCAAGAUCAAAAACACAAGGAAGAGUCCACAGAGUCUGGAGACAGAGUUAAAAAGAAGAAGAAAAAGAAGAAAACAAAAAUGGCAUCCGAGGAUGGACAAGUAAACGGGGCUGCAACAGAAAAUAUCGAUUUACUGCUGGAGAACCUGGAGAAGUCCAACGGAGGGGGUCUACAAAGUGAAGACAGUGGAGGCUCCAUCAGAAGAUCUGUCCUGCAUGUGGAGCACAGGAAUCUCAACCCAGAGACUGAGCUGAAGAGAUACUUUGGAGCUCGAGCUGUUCUCGGUGAUCAGAGACCUCGGCAAAGAAACAGGCACUUUCACCGCAGCACGUGGAUGACCAGCCCAAAGGACAGUUGGCCUCGCUUCAGCCGACCAGGGAUCUCAAUGGCCUUGCUGGAGUCAAAGAACGGCGUCCAUUACUUCACCUUCGAGCACAACCGGGACUACCAGCAAGUGCAGUUCAAGUUCUUAGAUGCUGUCGAAUCCAUGGAUCCCAACAACAUCGUGGCUCUGCUGCAGCUCAACCCUUACCACAUCGAUUCCCUGCUGCAGCUCUCUGACGUCUGCAGGAUACAGGAGGAUCAAGAGAUGGCCCGAGACCUCAUCGAACGGGCUUUGUACAGCUUCGAGUGUGCUUGUCAUCCUUUAUUCAGCCUGACAUCAGGUACCAGCCGGCUAGAUUAUUUGAGACCAGAAAACAGAGCAUUUUAUCUGGCUGUUUAUAAGCACAUGAUGUUCCUGGAGAAGAGAGGAUGCCCACGGACCGCCCUGGAGUACUGCAAGCUGAUCCUUUGUUUAGACCCGGACUCUGACCCGCUUUGCAUGCUGCUCCUCAUUGAUUUCCUCAUGCUUCGUUCCAGAGAGUACAAGUCUCUCCUUCAGCUGUAUCAGGACUGGGAGGAGCACAGAAAUCUGUCUCAGUUGCCAAACUUUGCGUUCUCUUGCGCGCUUUGUCAUUUCCACCUGAGUCAGCAAGAGGAUGUGGCCCCCGAAGAAAGCGACAAACAAAGACGACAAGCUGACCAGAUGCUCCAGAACGCUCUCAUGAUGUUCCCUGGAGUCUUGAUGCCUUUGCUGGACCUGUGCACUGUGCAGCCUGACAGCACCGUCUCCUCCCAUAGCUUUUUUGGCCCAAAGAGUCAAAUAGGGCAGCCGCCGGCGUUGGCUGAGCUCACAGCUCUGUACGUGGGGAGAGCGUACAGCCUGUGGAAAGAGGCAGCGGUAAUGCUCUGGCUGGAGGAGUCUGUGAAGGAGGUGCUGUGUCGAGUUGAUGCCAAAGAUCCUCUCGUGGAGGACUGCCAUAACAAGAGAAAGCAGAGGUACCAGAGUGCACCAAGAAACAUCCAUCGCCAUGUGCUCCUCUCGGAGAUCAAAGAAGCCACCUCAACCCUCCCCCUUGAGGUGACCACUCAGCCUGUGAUGGGCUUCGACCCGCUGCCUCCGCUGGACUCGGUGGUUUCAUACACCAGACCAGAGAGGCAGCAUGUCGGCGCGUCCAACGAGAGCACGUUAUCGCUGUUUUUCCGCUCUUUGCUCCCAAACUUCAACCUUCAGGGUGGACUGAGACAGGAGGAUGACAUGGAGGUGGCCCGAGCAGGCCAGGAGCUGAACCAAGAGGUGAACCGCCUGAUGGUGGCCAUGAGGGACAUGCUGGCAAACAUCCGCUUUCAGGAGCCACCCAGAGAGGACAACCCCUACAGGGAUGACGAGGAAUGGGACUGAGGAGAAAAAAAUGUUUUGAACAAGUGUUGGAUGCAAAGAGUUGAAAUAAAAACAGAAAACGUGUUCUUGUGGUCAUGAAGAGUUG